AUGUAUCGUGGGGAAGUGAUUUGCGCUGGUGCCUAUGUCAGCGGCGAGGAGACAUUGCUGAUCGAGUCGCUCGAGGGGGAAGCCUGGCAAGCCCAGGUUCAGGCCGCCUUUCCCAGCCGUAGCAGGCCUGUUCGGCUGCUUGUCAACUUGUUUCGGCUCCUCCUGGCCGGGCUGCACCGCCGCUUCGGCCACCUGCCCGGCACGGCAGAGGAGAUUGCGCGCAUCAGGGAUGACCUCGCCGAGCUGGGUCGCCUGCCCGACGGGUGGAGGGAUGGCGUGUCGCGUCGUUUAUGGAGGCGUUCCGUGGCGUCUGGCUGACCGCUCUUGCCGUGGCCGUCGUGGGGC